AUAAUAUAUAGUACAAUAUUUUUAAUUAUGUUGAUGUAAAUAUUUGUGCUAAAACAAAAUUAAGAAUUUCAUUUAUUAAUUUUCGUGUCAUAUUUCAACAUGAAUUUAAGUAAAAGUGAAAAACUUUUGGCCGCUAAAAGAAAGCUCAGAGAAUUUCAAUUAAGUAAAAUGCAAAAUAACCAAGAUGGUUCUAUAAAACAAAGACAUACAUUGGAUUUAUUAUCUUCACAGUGCCAAAAUGCAGAAACUAAUAAAUUGAAUUUAGAAGUUAUAGGCAAUGUAUUAACAAUGAAAACUUCGAAAGAUAAUCAUACAAUUCAAGAGUUUCAAAAAAAUGAUGCACUUAUGAAUUCAAUGGUAACUUCAGAAAAUAUAAAUUACAAUGAAUUAAAUUGUUCUAUGGAAGAUAUCAAUUCUAUGAAAGGAAAUAAUAUAAUAUCAAAAUUAGAAGAAAAAUUAAAUUUAAAUGAAUUUCCAAUAGUACAAAAAGAACAUCUCUUAGAAAUGGCUUCUGCAGUUGAAAAUGUUUUGACAGAUGAAUCUGAAUAUAUAGAAACAUCACUUGAUUUUGAUUUAAUGAAUCAUAAUCAAUUUUUAAAUUCCUAUUUAGAAGAACAGAAAAAAAUUAUUAAUGAAUUGCAUAUAAAACUUAAUAAUGCUCAUAGCAGAAUUUCAGAAUUAGAAACCAAGUUAAAAGAAAAAGAAACAGAAUUUCAAAUACAAUUAGAACGAGAAAUAAAUCCUUUAAAAGAUCAAGUUCAAAUUCAUACUCAGACUACUGGAAUCUUAAUAGCAGAAAAAGCAGAACUUACAUCUGCUCUUUGUCAAGCUCAACAAAGUGCAAAACAAAAUUCUGAUGAAGCAGAGGAAAUGUUAAAAAAAUUAAAGAAUUCACAAAUUCGUAUACUUGAAUUAGAAAAGGAAAUAUUGUCCAUAAAAAAUAAUAAUGAAGAACUAAAAAAAAAUUUUCAUCAAUUGCAAAAUAAAUAUGAUUCUCUCAAUGAACAAUUUUUUCAAUUGAAAAAAGAAAAAGAAGAUUUGGAUUUAGAAGGAUCAGAAUUAAAGCAAAAAUUAAAUUUGAAAAAAACAGAAUUAAUUGCUAUUCAACAAGAACUUCAAGAAAAAACAGCAUUGCUUUCAUUAAGUGAACUUAGAAUACAACAAAUGAAAGGUAUGUCAAUAACAGAAGAAGAAAAACAUACAGCAAUUCUCUUAGAACAAGAAUUGGCACAAACUAAAGAAUCUUUAAAAAUUGUUAAUAAUGAAAAAGAUGAAAUUAAUAAACAAUAUCAAAAUUAUGUUAAACAGUUAGAUGCCCAGCAAGCAAAAUUAUUAGAAAAGAUAAAAACACAAAAAAAAAUUAUAGAAGAUUUACAAUAUAAAGAACAAAAUCGUGUAAAAAAAAUUUCAGAACUUGAACAACAAUUACAACAAGAAAUAGAAAAAGUAGAGAAUCUAUUACCUUUACAAGAUCGUAAAGAUCAAAUAAAUAAUUUACUAAAAAAUAUAGAUGAACUUACAUUGGAACAAGAAAGAUUUCACAUUAUAUUAUCUGAAAAGGAUUCACAAAUUGAAAUCUUAACAAAAAAUUUAAAUGAUUUACAAGAAACAAAUAAUCAAGAAGCAGAAAUAACAAAACUAGUCAGUGCUCUUGAAAGUGAACAAUUAGGAGCAUCUAGAGCAAUUCAGCAAAAUCAUCAAUUAAAAGAACAAUUGACUGACAUGGAAAAUGCUUUUGUUUCUUUAAGUAAUGCUAAAUUGGAUUUGACUGAACAACUUCAAGCAGAACGUUCUAUAGGAAGAAAAUUAAAUAUUCAAUUAAAUAAUAUAGAAAAUGAAUUGGAACAAUUAAAGGCACAAUUAAAAGAAAAAGAAGCUAUUCUUCAAGAGUUUGAAAAAGAAAGACUUCAAAGUGCACAAAUAGCAGAUCAAAUUCAACAUUAUCAAGCACAAUCACAUCACGUAAAUACUUUUCAACGAGAACUUCAACAUGCCAUAACUACUAUAGAAAGAUUAGAAAAAGAAAAACAAGCACUUACAGAGAAAUUAAAAGAAAAGAGUUCAGAGAAUUUUGUUUUAGAAAAUAAUUCAUAUUCUAUAAUCACAAAUAAUAAUAUUUCAAGUUUAGAAGAAAAUAUACAUGUAAAAAGUCUGAAUAAAAGUACUGUUAUAGUACCAGAACCUGUAAAACAACUUGAACAAAGAUUUAAGGAAACAAUGGAACGAGUUGCAGAGCUUACAGAAGAAAAACAAAAACUUGAACAUCUUGUUUUACAACUCCAAAGUGAAACAGAAACAAUAGGAGAAUACAUAACAUUAUAUCAAAAACAAAGAGCAGUUUUACAAAAUAGAGCAAUAGAAAGAGAAAAAAUAUUUCGACAGUUACUUGAACAAAGAAAUCAACAACAAGAACAAUUGCAUAAAUUAAAAGUUUUGGUUAGUGAUUUUCUUAGAAAGGAAUAUAUACAUUCCAAUGGAACAGAUCGUUUAAUUGAAACAGAAAUGGAUUCCAAUGAUUCUCUAAUUUUAGAAACAAAAAAAGAAAUAAUAGAUUCUCAAAUAGAAAAUAAAAAUGUUUCAGAACUUUUAGAUGUUUUAACAGAGAUAAAAGAUUGUAAAGAUUCUUGUAUAUUUGAAUCAAAUUUUCAUUUAUGUCCUUGGUGUUCUGGAAAAUUACUUACAGUAUAAGAAUAUUCAUAUAUUAUAUAUUUUUAGCAUAAAAUAUUAAUAUAGAAUUUUUAAUUGAUAACAAUUUGUAGAAUAAAAUUGUAUAUAAGAUAAAAUCU